AAGGAAUAUUGUCCUUGUCAACAUCCGGGAUUAAAUUAUUCUAAAUUUUACAUUUCAUCCUUCUCUGCCAUCCUUCUAACCUAAAAAUCUAGUUAACAUUUUACAUGAUGGACCUCUCAGGUUCCUUGCCUCCACCCUCUCCAUACACCGUCCCUAUUCUCCCUAAUUUCUCAGUGCCUUCCUCCUCUCCCUCCAUCUCUCCAUCACCUAGCUUAGCUUCCACAGCUCUCUUCUGCUCCUUCCUCUCACUCCUCUCCCUGCUGGGCAUCACAGGAAACCUUUACACUUUGGGCCUCCUUCUGAGGCGCAGCAGAGGUAGGAGAAGACGUGGAGCAGGACCAGCCUGCUGCUUAACAAGAAUACCCAUACCAUCCUGCCUUUCCAACACUACCUCCCCCUCCUCCUCCCCAACCUCCUCUCCCUCCUCUUCCUCUCUUCACCUCCAGGUGCUGAGUCUUGCUCUUGCAGACCUGCUCUACCUUUUCACUGCUCCGUUCAUUGUGUAUGACAGCCUGGCAUCUGGAUGGGCCUUUGGAGAGCUGGGUUGCCGCCUCCUUCUAAGUCUGGAUCUCCUCACCAUGCAUGCCUCCAUCUUUACCCUCACCGCCAUGAGUCUGGACCGUUACCGGGCUGUGGCACAUCCCCUGCAUACCUCCUCCUCCAACUCUUCCAGUCUGUUGCGGGUAGGCUUGGCGUGGGGACUGGCAGUAGCUCUCAGCUUGCCCAUGAUGAUCACCCUGCAUCUGGAGGAUGGGGAGAACCAUGAAGGCCAGCUGUGUGUCCCGGCAUGGGAUGAGCAGAGCUCCAAGGCCUAUCUGAGCGUGUUGUUCUGCACCAGCAUUCUUGGUCCAGGGCUGGCCAUUGGGGCACUUUAUGCCACUCUUGGGCGGCUUUACUGGGUCUCACAGACCAGACCAGCCUGGGCCAGUGGAAACAACUCUGCUUGUCCUCCCCGCGCACCCAAACCCAAAGUCCUGCUACUCAUUCUGGGUAUUGUCCUGGCCUUUUGGGCAUGCUUUCUCCCUUUCUGGAUCUGGCAGCUGCUCCCACUUUACCAGCCUGACAUGCUGAGGACAGUACCAGUGGGGACGCAGGUGACAGUGAAUCGUAUCCUCACAGGGCUGACUUAUGGAAACUCUUGUGUCAAUCCAUUCUUCUACACGCUAUUGACUGGAAAACGAAAACACAACCGGCAAGUGCCUACAUCAGCAAAUCACCUCUGCCGCAAAAGCAGUCCACCGCAGUAGUGUGUGUUUCUCUCUAACAGUAGAGACAAUAAAGUGAGUGUGCAUAUAUAAGUGCAAUUAA